AAUUAAAAAAAUGGGACUUUCACUGUCAUCUUCUUCUUCUUCUUCGACAUUUUUUACGGAGCAUGUACCGAUUGAUCCAAACCCUUAUUGGGAGCCCGAACCAGGAGAUCACAUCUACAGCGAAAGGAGCGGAGGUCUCUACUAUCAUCAUGGAAUAUAUGUGGGCGAUGACAUGGUCAUUCACCUCAUGGCACCUCCAAUAAUUUAUAAUCGAUUUUCAGAUCCAUGUCAAAAAUGUGGAUACAAAAGAAACUUCAGUAGUGGAGUCAUCAAAACCUGCCUCCGUUGUUUCCUUGACGGUCACUCACUUCACGUUUGUGAAUAUAGAUUCUCCAAGCCAGCCCAUGAAGUUAUUACGAUGGCCACUGAUUGCUUGGAAUGGAAUUAUCUCUUUGGCCCGUAUAACUUGUUAACAAACAAUUGCGAGCACUUUGCUGUGUUCUGCAAAACAGGCUCGAAAGAAAGUGAUCAGGUCAAGACCAUAUUCAAAAAAGUACUCCUCUAGCAAUUGGUGUGGGUGGAGGCCUCAUCGCAGCUAUUAUUGCAAAAGCGAUCACCCGCGACUAAUGACGCCCAUAAGAACAGAUAAAGCUCGUGGACAUUUCCAGAAUUGAUUCACGAGGCAAAAUGUUAAUUUAUAAGUAUAAGGAAUGAUAUGUCGAGGCCCAAUAACUAACGUAGGAAAUCA